CCCGCCGCUAAAGCGACGUGUCGCGGCAGCGCAGCCACCUGCGGGCUCUGCCGGGCGCGCCGGGCUGCGGCUGCGGCUGCUGCUCGGUGCGGGGCCGGGGCAGCGGGCACGGCAGCUCCCUGCCAGCCUCCUGACACUGCUUCCGCAGCCCGUCCCUCACAGGCUCCUGCUGACAGACCCCAGCCCAGAGGACAGGCAGUGCCCCUGCUGCCCCCACAGACCCUCCCGCUGCUCCUGGCUUCCCGCAGGAGGCUGCUAUGUCACCCCUCGGGCCUUAGGCACCUUCUCCACAGCUGGUGGCAGUGCACAUUCAUGCUUAAUACCAGUACAUCUACAAAACAUGAAGACUAAAACGAAAGGAAGGAAGCGAAGACACACUGUUGACAAAGAAGCGUUUUCUGAGGAGUCAGCAAUGAGGAAAAAAGAACUGGUGAAGUGUUUGCGACACAAAGAAAGGAGGAAUGGGGGAAACAAGGAGAGCAGCAAGAUCACUACAGCCAGAGCCAAGCAUUCUUGGAGCAAUAAGGACAGACAUUUGAGGAGACUGGAAAGCAACGAGCGGGAGAGGCAGAGAAUGCACAAGCUCAACAAUGCGUUCCAGGCCUUGCGGGAGGUGAUCCCUCACGUGAGAGCUGAGAAUAAGCUUUCCAAAAUAGAGACUCUCACACUGGCCAAAAAUUACAUUAAAUCCUUGACCUCCAUUAUACUCAACAUGUCCAAUGGACACUUCCCAGCAGCAGAAGGGAUGGGGGGACCCUGGGGUUCGAAAUUCUACCAGCAUUGUCAACAGCAACAUGAGGAUGAUCACAAUGCGGAACAUCUACAGAAACAUUCCAUUUAAGUUCAUGGCUUCAGCCAAAACACCUACAGUUAGGUACUGCUGUCACUCUUUUCCUUCUUCUGUAAUACAUGUCUGUCCAUAGAGGUUAUUUUUGCCUCCAGCUAUCCCCUGUUUUUUCUUAAAAAGACCAGCAGGUAACUCUUCUUAUCUACCCUGCUACAGAGGAAAUUAAAAUUGAUGACAGCAUUUGACUAACUUGAUGAGUGAAGUGGCACGUGGGAAACUGGCCACCAAAUCACAAUAUUUAACUUGAGUGGUUUGGAUCUGCUCUGAUAAUUUUGAACCAUGCAAAGCAUAUCAACUUUAAAAGUACUUGCUAAUGUAAACAUCUACAAAGCUUUCUUAGAUUGUGAGCUCUCUAGAGUAAGGACAUUUUUGUGGUCUAUGUUGCCAGAGCAUCCAGCCUCAGGGCUGGCUUUAGUGGGUGCCACUGUAAUACAAAUAAUGAAAAAGAGACAAAGGACUUACUUUUUGCUAAAACUAUGAUAAAAGUGCUUUAAUAUAGUAAGACAAUUAUCUGUGCAAUUACAAAUUAUUUGCUGAUGAAGCCUGUAAUGUAAUUAGGAUUCUUUCUGGGUUAGUGUUAGGUUCUGAUAUUAUAAAACACAAUAAAUUAAGCAGGAGCUCUUCAAAAAAGAAAA